AUGCGAGAACUGCAGCAUUGGAGAGACACACCAGUACUCUUACUCUUGAUCUGUACAGGAAUUAUAUCCAAGCAGAAAAUGAUCGAUAAAUGGAUCGAGAAUAAGGCAUCUCGGAUACCAGGAGGCCUAUUUCUAUGUGUACUAGAUGGUACAGUUACAAGCGAUAUAUGGGGCCAGGAUUUUGUUGCUCUGGCGGACACUAUCAAGAAGCAGAAUGCGCGAGAGCAGAGACCGUCGGAGCAGGAUGUGAGGAAGCGUAGGCAAAUGUAUAGUGACGGGAUUGUCGGAGGAGAUCAACUAGCAUACCGAUUGAGAAAACGACGCCAUCUGGACGAGUAA